AUGGCGGCAUAUCGCAAUGAAGCUUGGCCACUGCUCAAUGCACGAGCUGGAAAUAGCUCAGAAUCGAAUGAAGAUCCUCUGUUCUUAAGCACAGCUGAUAAUCCAGGUAUCCAGCUCGUAUCACAUCAGCUAAGUGGUUCUAAUUUCUUAGCUUGGAAACGUUCGAUGAUGAUCGCACUAGGUGAGAAGACGAAAUUAGGGUUCAUCAAUGGAUCUGCCGCGAUGCCUGAGAGAAAUGAUGUGAAUUUUGAUAAAUGGAAGAAAGUUGAUUGGACUGUUAUGUCGUGGAUUCUGAACUCAAUGACAAAGGAGAUAGCCGAUUCCUUCGUUUAUUCAGAAUCUGCAAAGGAACUUUGGGAUGAAAUUUGUCAACGGUUUGGAGAAAUUAUCAGCUGCAAAGAGAUAUUGCUAGUUUGA